UUUCAGAUUCGAAUUAAGUUUUUUGCUUUGUUUGAGUACAGCACUAAUAGUACGCAUAGCUAUGCGUGAAGAUCGAUCAAAGGCAAUGGCCAUAUUUGGCAAACACGAUUAUUUGUUGCGCUUCUGGAACGAGCUUACACCAGGGGAGCGGCAGCAAUUAGUUGAUCAGUUUACUUUAUAUAAUAUGCACGAAAUAGACAAAGCAUUUAAGGAAUCUGCUCUUCCAGUGGUAUGUUAGCGAUUCCUGGCGUUGUGGAUUUUCCAUUUUUUAAAUCUAUUAUGAUAUGCUUUGAUUAUGAGCAUUUGGGACUUUGCAAUAUGUAAGGGAUGGUUUUUUCUUGGAGUGCUGGAGUAUCUUGAAGUUUCUAAUUCCUUGCAGAAGUUGGAAGGCUUGGAACCAAUCACUGGGGAUCACUAUUCUGUUGCAGAUAAUAUUGAUGAAAAUAUUAUGAAGGAAUACUGGAAUACAGGUUUGGAAGCAAUAGCAAAGGGAGAAGUUGCUGCUGUAGUUUUGGCAGGUGGUCAAGCAACACGGCUCGGAUCAACGGAACCUAAGGGUACCCUUUCCUUGGGAUUCACCGAUUGCGAAAUAACUGAUUCACUCUUUGCCCUUCAAGCGGCUCGUAUUUCACGUGUGCAAGAUCUCGCCCGGGCGGCAUUCCCGAAUUCAAACCCGAAGAUUUGGUGGGUUGUGUUGACGAGUUCGGCUACCGCAGAGGGAACACUGAAGCAUCUCCGUGAUGUGCUUCCAGUAGCUAGUAUUGAUGCAGGACAGCUUAUAGUGCUUUCACAACGAUCAAUUCCAUGCUACGACAUAAAUGGUGGCUUAUUUCUGUCUUCGAAGAGCAGUUUCGAGGUUUCUCCAAAUGGAAAUGGUGGCCUUUAUGAAUGUUUGGAAGCUCAUUGCACUUCUUCUAUAAAUAAUCAAAUCAAGUACUUUCAUGUUUAUGGUGUUGACAACGUGUUGUGUCGUGUGGCAGAUCCCCAUUUUAUCGGAUAUUGUAUCAAGAAAAAUGUAGACUGUGCCGCAAAAGUUGUAGAAAAAACCGAUCCAUUUGAACGAGUUGGUGUUAUAUGUCAAACAUUAAGUGGUGUUCAAGUUGUUGAAUACUCGGAUCUACCGCUGGAACUAGCUGCGGCUCGAGAUAAUUCUGGACGCCUCAAAUUUCGUUUGGGAAAUAUUGCAAGUCAUUUCUUCACAUGCGAUUUUGUUCACGCAGCAGCCAAUUUUAAAUUACCUCUUCAUCGUGCCUUCAAAAAAAUUCCAUUUAUUGAUCGAAUGACUGGAAUCGCAGUGAAACCAGAAACAGAAAAUGGUUACAAACUCGAGUUUUUCAUUUUCGAUGCUUUCAAAUGUGCUAAAAAUUUCCAUGUAUGGGAAGUUAAACGUUCAGAAGAAUUCAGUCCUUUGAAAAAUUCAGAAAACAUAGGAAAGGACUGUAUGAGCACAUGCCGCCGUGAUUAUUACGCUGAAUGCAAGCGUUGGCUUGUAAAAGCCAAUGUGCCGAUUUGCGUCGACCGUCCUAUUUUCAUUCAUCCGCUCUACUCUUACUGUGGAGAGGGGUUGGAAGAAUAUCGUGAAAAAGGCAUAGCUUAUGAUUUGCUUCCGUAGGCACUCUUUUCGUUUCAUGUUAUUCGAUCUCAUCGGCUAACAGCUUCACUUCAUUUUUUUCUUUUUCAAUGGUUUGGAGUGUCAACUUUCAUGUCAAAUAAAGACGUUAACUUUUAUUUUCAUUACUUGUUCUUUAUUUUUUUUCAAACUAAUUUUGU